GAGGGUUUGCUCCCCAGUUCAGCACCUGGGUUGGAGCUUCAGCCUCAACAGGACAUGAAAUCCCUGAGGUUUCACUGGAUCUGCCUCCUCCUCGUCUCUGUGUGUCUGUUGCUAUGGUACAGUCAUGUGAUGAGGUCUGGACUUACCAUGAAAACAGGCCUGCGUGGUUAUGUGAGGGUUCAUCUCAACACUCGCUCAACUUCAUAUUUCCUGGACUUCCGCUGUGGCCGCUGUGCCGUGGUGUCCAGUUCAGGGCAGAUGCUGGGCGGUGCACGGGGUCAGGAGAUCGACCGACAGGACUGUGUGAUCCGCAUGAACGCAGCGCCCACCGUCGGGUACGAGGAUGAUGUGGGGAACAGGACCAGUCUGCGUGUGGUCUCUCACACCAGCGUGCCACACCUGCUACGGCAGCAGGGCUAUUUCUUCGGGCGAGAGGCGGGAACUAGGUACGUCAUUUGGGGCCCUGAGAAAAACAUGAGGCAGGAUGGAAAGGGGAAAAUCUUCAAUGCACUAGUGAUGCUGGCCAAGAAGUAUCCACAUACAAAUAUCUACACCGUCACCAGAGAAAAGGUUCAGUACUGUGACAGCAUCUUUCAAAACGAGACGGGCAAAAACAGGAUGAAAUCGGGGGCAUUUCUCAGUACAGGGUUUUUUACCAUGAUUUUGGCUCUGGAGGUGUGUGACAGUAUUCUGGUUUAUGGAAUGAUUGACGGCUCUUACUGCAGUAACGCCAACCACUCGUUUGUGCCGUAUCACUACUACGAGCCGUCGCGUCUGGAUGAGUGCCGCAUGUACCACGCUCACGAACACGCCAAGAGGGGCGGCCAUCGCUUCAUCACAGAGAAGCUCAUCUACAGCCGCUGGGCGUCUCAGGGGAAACUGCAGUUCGUUUACCCGCCCUGGCCACCGCAGGAACAUCAGCAAGACUAGUUUCAACCAGGUUUGACUUUGUGUGAAGUUGCAGGUCAGGCUUCAGGAAACAUUUUUCCUCGCAAUGUCAGUUUAUGCUCAUAUCAAAAAGCAACAUUUGAAUCAUGCUGCUUUGCCAUUGUUUAUUCGGUACGGUUUUAUUCCUUCAGUCUUAAACAUAAUUCUGCAUAGUAUUCUUCAUAAUAACGAGCCUUUUACAUUAUUGUAUCAUUGACAAAAAUGUGUCUGUCUGUUGUUUGUUAGUCUGAUCUCUGGUUUACUAGCACUUCCCAUGAUCAACUACUGAAAUAACUAAACCCGUCUGUGUGAGAGCAUCUGAAUUGAGAGCUCAAAUGACAUUACAGUGUAUGUACGUCAUACAAUACCUCUUAUAUCAAACAUAAAUAAUCUCUCAGGUGAAACAAGAGCGUUUCACUGUGUAUUCAUGGCGAUGAUCAGAUGCAGUAUCAUAUCUGAAGCUAUGCAUUUCCUUCUCACUGAUCUGCUUUAACCACUAUAGACCACUGCUUCUGUAACUCAAGCCUAGUUAGCAGUAAUCAGAGUUAACUAACUAACUUCCCGUCACAGACUGAACUUGCUCGGAUGUUGCAGUUUACUUGCAGAUUGACAUUAAAAUAUUUCUACAGAGUUUCUAUCCCUCCUCUUAAAUGAUUAAAAUCGUACAAAAUCACUUGACGUAUAAUGUAUGUCAAUGUCAUCUUAACUGUGUAAAUAUGAUAUUGUAUAAUCUAUGAUAUAAAUGCUCAAAACGUAUAAUACUACAUGUGAUCACUGCAAUCCUUUAUGCAGUGUUA